ACUGUGAAACGCUGUACAAAUUUGUUACAGAUUUUCAGAAUUAAUUGCUUACUUACUAAUUGUGUCCAAGUCGUCAUAUCUAUUAUGGAGAGCAACGCAGGUUCUAACGUGAUCGCUUUCCUGCAUCUCUGCAUCGUUAUUUUAUUUGUAAAUCAAGUGCAAGCGACGAACUCCUCCGGUACAUUCGGCGGUUGUCCGCUGUCGUCUCUGCCGCACAACCCCCAGCAUGUGUAUUCCUACGCAGGCCGACCAAUCGAAUCAACGAAGAUGGAUCAGAUCGUCCCUCUCGAUGAUAUCGCCAUGAUCAGAUGUCGCCAUGUUGGAUUGUUCAAACAAAAUGGCGGUGAUACUUUCAAUUGCACCUCAGAGGGCUGGUCGGGGAAUGUUACAUGCACAGACACCAACCACGUCACCAAUUAUACCUCAGAAUCGCUGCCACCUGCCAUCGUGUGGCACGUGGCAGGUGGCGGGGUGUCGGUGGUGGCAGCAGGCGGGCAGCUCGUACUGCUGCCAGGAGCCAUCGUGCACCUGGACUGCCUAUUCCCUCGCCUGGCAGGGAACCCGGCCUGGAGCUGGACCCCUGAGUACCGUAGAUACCCUACUGGCUGGUCACUGAGCAGCUCGGAGCGCGACCUCCACUACCGCCUCUCCGUGUACUACGCACGGCAGCACGACUCUGGCACCUUCACGUGCACGGCGCCUUCUGCGCUCACUAACUCCAUCACGAUAUUGGUCAAAGAGCUGCGGUGCGCUGAGCUGGUGGUCGCCAGGAGUGUCCCUGAGAGCGCCCUGCCCGCCGUGGUGUUCGGACGGCGGCAGACGCGCGGUGAUGACCGCGUCAUUGUCGCCGGCUCCGGCACCACCAUGGGGUCAUCACGAUUCUUUACGUGCUUCGAUGGCUACGUCUUAAAUGGACCACAACAAAUGACAUGUCUUCCAUCGGGCCUGUGGUCGGCUGCAGUCCCGCCUGCGUGUGAGGUGGUGAGGUGUCCUGCGCUCCCUCCCCUGCCCCCGCUGGUUCGUCUGCGGCAUCUCUCGCUCACCGCAGGCGGCGUCGCGUUGUUCGCCUGUCCCCUGAGCUACGCGCUCACGGCAGCGCCUUCCAUCGUCUGCCUCACCAACGGCACCUGGUCGGCCCCAGUGCCUCAUUGCAAAGAGGUUGUAUGCCCGGCGCCGGAGAGCCCAGAGCACGGCAGCGUGAGUACCGCCGCCCUUCGUCGCGUGGGUGACGUGGCCGUGUACUCUUGUGACGAGGCCUUCGUGCUGCAGGGACCGAGGAUCGUGACGUGCACCAACGCCGGGACGUGGUCCAAGCCUAAACCAAACUGUGUGAUCUCGUGUCAGUCGCCGGGCAACCCACGUAACGGGCGGGUGUCGCCACGCCUGCUGCGCUACCGCCUGGAGGCCCAACUUCUGGUCUCCUGCUCCCCAGGCUACAGACCAGCAGGGCCUGACCGGCUCAAGUGUCUCAGAACAGGCAAGUGGUCUGCGCCCCUCCCGCCGUGCGUGCCGGUCAUCGCGGGCUGAAAUUCUAACACAGCGAGGGGCGAGCUCAUUGCAAAGCCUUCAGACCAUUUGGUUGUGAUAGAGCCUGAGUCACUGAAGACGUAAGGAGUGAGAUGACGCAGACUUCGUGUAGCUAGCAACUUCAUUCUAUUCCCGAGAGAAAUGUAACUUACAUCAUCAGGUGGUUAUGAUGAAGGCGUCGUCAUGAUUUAAUUUUCACAGUAUUAAAACAAAUAAAUCGGGACU